AUGCCUGCUCCUUUUGAAAAGGGUGACGAAAAGAAGGGUGCCAACCUCUUCAAGACCAGAUGUGCUCAAUGCCACACCACCGAAAAGGGUGGCCCCAACAAGGUCGGUCCUAACUUGCACGGUGUCUUCGGCAGACAAUCGGGUCAAGCUGAAGGUUUCUCGUACACUGAAGCCAACAAGAAGAAGGGUGUCGUCUGGACUGAACAAACCAUGUCGGACUACCUUGAAAACCCCAAGAAGUACAUCCCCGGUACCAAGAUGGCCUUCGGUGGUUUGAAGAAGCCUAAGGACAGAAACGACUUGAUCACUUACUUGGAAAAGGCUACCACCAAGUAA